AUGCUGGUGUUGAUGCUAGCAGCAGCAGUGGCCACCAUGGUCAGGGCUCAUACACUGUGCCGAUACCCCGCUGUUGCCCAGUGUCAUGGAGAUUCUGCAGCUUGGGAUCUGCAGGACCGGCCCCUUCAAGUGCUCCAGCAGAUCAGGGACCUACUGUUCUACGCCUUCCCCAACACAUUUGUGCUCAAGAACGUGUGCAAGCCUGAAGUUUCUGUGUACCUAGGGCAGGAAGUUUUCUUGACGACAAACAACUUUGAGUCCAGCCUCUUGCCGCUCACCAUUCCCAAGUCAAUGGCGGUGGGGGAUCCAUCAGUCACAAGCGCCCACUUUGUCUCCGGCUCAGUAGUACUGUUUGUGAUCGGUGGAAAAGGCUACAGUUUCGAUUACUAUGAGUACACCUGGCGUAAAUUGGAAGGCAUAUCAGGCCCUAUCUCUCACAUUAGUGGUGACACUUGUUGUUUCAAAGGCUCCUUUUGCCUGGAGUUGGCAAAUAACCUGUUUGCAUAUCUCCGUGGUGGCCAGUUCCCUGGGACCAGCAUAUAUUUCUCUGACAACGGAGGAUUCUCAUUCCAGCUCAUGAAUACUGACAAACUGAGUCACCUGAAUGGAACUCUGGGAGGCAUCUUCCACUUACAUUCCAUGUCUCAGGUGGGGGUACUCACGGUUGAAAAUAACUUGGGCACGUUUCAUUACAUGGAGUACCCCCUGAACCAUAGUAUGGGGAUACCCUUUUCAUACAAGAAUUUCCUCGAAGUCAUCAUGAAACCAUACCAGAGGGGGUUUAUGGUCUUCUGGAACCAGACCAGUAUAUUGGUGUCUUCCAAUUCAGGCCAGAUUGUUGAACGCGUGCAGCUGAUACAUCAGAAGAUCGUUUCGGACUUAGAUGUCCAACGUGCCAACAUCAACAUCUACAGUGUUGCCUCAAAUGCUUACGAGCUGGCUUUUUUGGUAGCAGAAGAUCAUCUGUACUAUGGAAGUCAGAGUUACAUGGGGACCUUCGUAACCAAACUGCCCCAUCAGCGUCUCUGGUCUAAACACACGAGCGUCUACUUUGAGAGCAUCGGCAUGCUGCAGGUCCUCACCCCUGUCCGUGACGCACACUUUGCAGCCUUUGACUUUAAUAAGUGUAUGGUGAAUGUGCAGGCCACUCUCAUGGAUAAAAAUCUGGAGCUUCAACCAUGUAACGUGGAACUUCUGGAAAGCACCAUGAUAAAUACAAUGUUCACAAUAGACAUGAAUAGCAAGCUAAAACUGUCUGCCCUCAUGAUACCCCGGAUGGGUGAGAACCCUACCCUACUGGUCAUGGUCAGCAAUCCCCAUGCCCUGGGGUUUAAGGCAAGCCUCAAUGAGUUUGGCAAUAUGUUUGAUGGCAACUCUAAGUACAAACUGGAAAUUGAACUCAAACAGCAGCAUUACUGGGGCAACUCAGAUUUCAACUUCACUACCAGCAUCAAGCGCCAUGCCAUCUCCUCCAUAACCGUGGACAUAGCUGACAAGACACUUUCGUGUGUGGACCUAAAGCCUCUGUCCACACUCAUCUCAGUUGGCUGUGACAUGACAAAGAAAAUUGUUGUGCAAAACAAGAUCUCCGCCUGCACCGUGGGAAUCCUGAGCCCCGUGCAGCUGCAGAAGAAUUAUACUUACACCAUUGAGAAGGAAGCUUACGACCCCAUCAACCGCAAUGGCAAAGCCCAGGAUGACUUGAUAGUGUUUUACGAGUACAAGGAUCUGGGCUGCCCGCGCCUAGUCUACUACGACAAGCCGUGGAAACCUGUGGUGGAACUGAGGAAGGAUGGGAUUGUAGAGGAGAUCGUGAGCGCAGAGUAUGUCCUAUCGGAGAUAAACGGACUAGUCACCUACUCAUACUCCUUGACGGCUGCCACCGCAAACUGCCGGUCACAGCCCCAAAACUGGAGCACCUUUGAAUCGGGCAUUGAGAAUGAACAACCGUUCCUCUGGAACAGAGAGAACUAUGUCAGCUGCCACGAAGACAAUGAGGACAACCCCCUGCUAUGGCCGAAUGUCGAGUAUCAGGUCUUAGGUGGCCGGACAGACAACAGGGUGAUUUUUGGCCAAAGAAAUGGGAUCUAUAUCUUCCGUCUGUCUGUGGUGGAUCCGUACUACAGCUAUUGCAACCUGAACACCAUCUUCAGCGUGUAUGUGCACGGGGCCUUACCCUUGGAGAGGUUCCGACCAUUGCUCACCAUCUUCCUGAUGGUCAUCACAACGCUGCUGACUGUGUGGCUGGCCUAUGCUAUCCCCAAACAGCUGAGGAGUGAGAAAGGCCAGCGACUUUUGGGUUUCUGCUACCGGAUACUCCAGUUCUGCCUAGGGAUCUGUUUCUGCACCUGGCUUCGUGGCAAACUGAGGCAGUGUCUGCGCUCCAGAAAGGUGAAAGACGCGAACAGAGGCAAGAGGCCAAGCGACCAGAAACACCCAGAGAUGUAGGGGCCGCCCUAGACUCAGAGUGAGCUCCAGUGAGAGGCCAUUCCCCUCCACCGCGUGUCCACGU